GCGCGCAGACGAGGCGCACGCCGACGAGCUGCAGCUCCCGAGCAGCCUUAACCAUGGUCGCGCGCAAUCCGGGCACCGAGCUCGACCUUGGCUGGAUCUCCAAAAUACAGGUGAAUCAACCGGCAGUUCUGAGGCGUGCAGAACAGAUCCAGGCCCGCAGAACCGUGAAAAAGGAGUGGCAGGCUGCUUGGCUCCUGAAAGCUGUUACCUUUAUAGAUCUUACUACACUUUCAGGUGAUGAUACACCUUCCAACAUUCAAAGGCUGUGUUAUAAAGCCAAAUAUCCAAUCCGGGAAGAUCUCUUAAAAGCUUUAAAUAUGCACGAUAAAGGCAUUACUACAGCUGCUGUUUGUGUUUAUCCUGCCCGGGUGCAUGACGCUGUAAAAGCACUAAAGGCUGCAGGCUGUAAUAUCCCUGUGGCAUCAGUGGCCACUGGCUUUCCAGCUGGACAGACUCAUUUAAAAACACGCUUAGAAGAGAUCAGAUUGGCUGUGGAGGACGGAGCUAUGGAAAUCGACGUGGUCAUUAACAGGAGCUUGGUGCUGACAGGCCAGUGGGAAGCCCUGUAUGAUGAGAUUCGUCAGUUUCGCGAGGCCUGUGGGGAGGCUCAUCUCAAAACCAUAUUAGCAACAGGAGAACUUGGAUCUCUUACUAAUGUCUAUAAAGCCAGUAUGAUCGCAAUGAUGGCAGGAUCAGAUUUUAUUAAGACCUCUACUGGAAAAGAAACAGUAAAUGCCACUUUCCCGGUAGCUAUAGUAAUGUUACGGGCCAUUAGAGAUUUCUUCUGGAAAACUGGAAACAAGAUAGGCUUUAAACCAGCAGGAGGCAUCCGCAGUGCGAAGGAUUCCCUCGCGUGGCUCUCUCUUGUAAAGGAGGAGCUGGGAGAUGAGUGGCUGAAGCCAGAGCUCUUUCGAAUAGGUGCCAGCACUCUGCUCUCAGACAUUGAGAGGCAGAUUUACCAUCAUGUGACUGGAAGAUAUGCAGCUUAUCAUGAUCUUCCAAUGUCUUAAAUCAGCAACCAGUUCCAGAAAAAUUCUUUAUCACAGUGUUUAAAAAUUAUUUUUUUACAUAAUUGGUAAAAUCAUUUAAUUAAAAAAUAGGGGACUGGGUAGCUGACUUCUUUCCCUUAAAAUUUCCACUGAACUUAAAUAAUGAAAGAAUAAACUAAUCCACAUGUCGUACCCAUUUCAGACAUAUCUGAAAUGGUCUUAAUUACUAGAAGAUCUGCACUAUUAAUUUUGUGAAAGUUUUCUCCUAAAAACUCUUGAGUAAAAUGUUAAUGAUAGCUUCGAUAACAUCAAAUAUUAAGGGGGAAAAAAAUGUUAAACUGGCCAAGAAGCACACAAUAGCAAAAGGAAAUGCAGCGUACCUGAGCUGCCGCAGUAAUAACUUAAGACGUCACUGAUUUGGCACUAAUUUCCCACCAUGAAAACCUGUCUUUAAUUUUUGCAGUGGAUAUGCUAUUUUAUUAACUGUUUUGCUAAUAAACUUUCUGGCAUUGUUAUAUGAA